GGUCAUGUGACAUGUGUAUCGACCCAAUUUAUUGACGGCGGUUAUGUGUGUGGUUUUAUGUACCACAGUGACCACAAAAGUUUAAAUGGAGGCAAUUAGCCUGUAAAAUGUAAACAUUUGGAUACGGACGUGAUAGGAUGGAGGAAAGCAAGUUAAAAUUAGCUGAAUUAAACGCGCAUCUGAUAUGUGUAUUAUGUGGUGGAUAUCUGAUAGAUGCAACAUCAAUUGUAGAAUGUUUACAUUCCUUUUGUCGCACUUGCAUCAUACACUAUCUACAUACAAGUAAUUACUGCCCUGUUUGUGAAGUGCUGGUGCACAAAAAACGACCACUGGAACACAUUAGACCAGACAACACGCUACAAGAUAUUGUAUAUAAAACGGUCCCUGGUUUAUUUAAAGAAGAGAUGAAACGUCGGAGAGAAUUCUAUGACAAUAUAAAAAUUAGUGACGGAAGUGAUACCUCAGAAAACAUUCCAAAAGAAGGUACGAGAAUCGUUUUUAGCUCUGACGAGAUGUUCAGUUUGUGUUUACAGUUUUCUAGUCGGGUAACAGACAAAGAAACUUUUACGGAAAAGUUUGAAGACUGUAGGUAUUUAUUAUGUCCAGCUGGUGUCUCUAUACAACACCUAAAGAAAUUUAUUAAGUUGAAAUUUUCACUGCCAGAGCGUUAUGAGGUUGAUUGUUUCUGUGGUGAGGAGUUGUUAAAUGAUUAUUACACAUUAGUAGAUGUAGCAUAUAUCACUGGAUGGAGGAGGGAUAGUGUACUUCAGAUUACUUAUGCAUUUUACGGAAAUCCGGCCAAACGACCAUGUACAAGUGUAUCUGACACUGCACAACUCCUGGUGGUUUCCGAUGAUACUUGUAGUAAUGGUUGUGUGUCAUCAGUGACAAACAUUGGCUCUGAUGAUGAAUGUUUCGAAGACUCAGGUUGUGAAGUUAAUGAUUCUCAAAUAUCACAUGACGAAUCAGCUUUAUCAGAUAUUGUAGAUCAGCAAGAAACUUGUUGUGGUAUUGAUUUGUCCAUGAAAACAAUGAAGAAAAACAGUGAAAGAGAAAAGAUUACUAGCAGUAAUAGCAAUGCAACAGCUGAUGAGUUUCCGACUUCAAAACAAAGUGAAAGUUCUUCAAAGUCGUACAUGACAUCAUAUGUAACUUUUCUCGGUCAACGGGUGUCAUCUUCAAACACACCAAUGAAGCUUCCGCUCCGAUCACCUACUGCAGCUUCCACACCCAUCGAUGAUAUUUCAACCAGUAACCUAGAUGACAGCGGUCAUGUUAGUGAUGACUCCAAACAAAAUCCACUUUCUCCUUCUGUACAAAAUAACAAUUAUAUGAUACUGCCAAAUAAAACUACUGUUCAAGAUAAACCAUUAACAUUAAAAAUAAGGAAACCAAGUUGUGACCUUGACUCGUCUAAAAGUGAUAAUGCAGACCUCGAAAUGUCUGGGGACAAACAUGCUAAAUGUAUAGGAGUUUGUAACGGCCAUGCAGUGAAUGCAGUGAAAUCCAAGAGUGAUAAAUUAUUAUUACGAUUGAGCAGAGAUGGCGAUUCAAACAAUUAUACUGCGUCUAUGUCUUGAAUAAUUUCUAUGUGAUUGGUGCUAAAACUUUUUUUUCCUUUUUUCUCUCCUGGAUUUGAAAUAUUUCAUAUGAUGGAUAAAACGAAAUGAUCUAUUUACUACAUAUAGGUGCUAAUAGCUAAUAUUUGAACAGAAGUUUAUCCCGAUCCAUGUCACUGAUGCAGGUCAACACACACCUUUCAAAGGAGAAGUUACAUUUUUGGAUUUGUUUGGCCAAAAAUUAAAACAAAAUACAAGAGACAAUAAUCCAUCACAUUUUUAUAAACUUCACUUGAAACAAUGAAAAGAUAACAAUGAAAAGAUAAAUUCUGAGUUGAUAACACAAUUUGACUUUGGCGUCAACAUGCAUAUUCGUCUGAAGAAAUUGACAAAUUUCAGCAUCAUUUUGGCUAAAAUAACAAAGAGCCUUAAAAGGAUUUUUUGCUUGUGAAUAGAUACACAUAGCAUACACUUCCUAUGUGAAAAUAUUUUUGGUCGAUUGUUGUAAUCUCAAUAAUUUCUAACAAUGUAUGAGUCAAAUAGUCAACGGAGUAUAACAUUUUGUCUGUAGUGAAUUACAGUACUACAUCUCAUGACUGUAUAAAGUAAUCAAAGAUACCAGGCUGGUAAUUUAUAGUGCUAGACGCGCGUUUCGUCUGAAAUACCAGUGACGCUCAUAUUAAAACAGUUUGAAUACCAAACCGAUUACGAAGUUGAAUAGCAUUUGAAACUAAACAAUCCAAAAUGUUGUGCCGAAUCUAUGCACGUGAUAGAAAAACCUCAUUAUUUCGAUUUACGGAAUAAACUGGGCUUAUGAUAACCUCGGGGACAUAAAAACCGUGAAACGAAUAUAUUUUAACCAACAACUGCAUUUUUUUAAUUAAAAUACACAGAUAAACAUUUAAUUCUGCGAGUUAGCAAAAUUUUGAACUACAUUUGAUUUCCGGAGCCAAUUUGACACCAAAAUCUUAGCUUCUCUGCGCAUUUCUACAAGAUGUAGUUACUCAUUUAUGCAUACACAAUUUAACCAUAUAUACCGAGACUUUUAAACUGAUGACGAAUGUGAUCUUUACAUAACAUUCGGAUAUGGAGCUCGGUUUGUUUAAAGACAACUAUAAUAAGAAAUCUGUAAAUGUAGAUAGGAAAAAUAUCAGAUGAAUCUUAAUAUGCUUAGAGUAAAAAAGAUUAUUACUGUGUCUGUUUAAACUGGAGUCAUGCAAUACAUCCUUUUCUGUGUAUAUUUGUAUUCAUUGUUCAUCUUUUCUAUCCUUUUUUAUUUGCUGUACAUAGGCGUUUACGACAUAUGUGUUUACGAUGAUACAAUGUGGAAUUGAGCAUCAAAAAUUAUGUGAAAUGUCUACAAAUUGUAUUGAGUUUGUAGGAAGUUAUUGAUGAGAUUUUAAAAACUUUUUGGACGAAGUAUCACUUAAAUCUAUUCAAGUGAAAUACAGCAACCAUCAUAUAGCAUUAAAGAAAAAAUUCUGUAAAAUUGAAGAAGACAGAAUACUAUUCUGUCAUACCAUAAUUCUAAUAUGGUAAAAUAUGAUUCCCAGUUACUCAUAAUGACUUUUAAUCUCAUCUGGCUCGGGUUUUUUUUUCUUUUUUUUGUGCUUUCUCUUUUUUUUUCAAACUAUUCGACACAAUAUUAUGUCAUUCAUUUUGUCUUCGCACAACAAAAAGCAGACUGAGAUGAAAUUGUUCAGAUGUUUAUUUGUUGUUAUUUGUUAUUGAUAUGUUUUUUUGUGGUAGAAUAAUUUAAAUAAAUUGUUAAAUAUUA